CCCUAAGCUUCCAUAGAUGCGCCUCUCUUCCUCCCUCUUUCUCUAACCCUUUUCUCUCUCUAUCCCCCAUUCUUUCUCUCCUCGUCUUCUCAACCCCCUUAGCCCUACCUGCAAUCUUCAAGGGCAGACCAGAAAAUUUCAUCCAAAAGUUUCGUAUUUUCACCCUAAUCUUUACCAGGUUUGCUAUCAAACUACAUUUGCCAUAAAUGGCGAUAGUUCCAUCAAAGAAAAUGAUUGCAAUUUGCCAAUAUGGUGGUGAUUUUGACACCCAUGAUGAUGGAUCCAUGACUUAUGGUGGAGGUGAAGCAUAUGCAGUUGAUCUUGAUGAAAAUAUGCAAUUAAGUGGUUUCAAACAAGAAAUUGCAGAAACUAUUGAUUCAACUGUAGAUGGAAUGGUUGUUAAGUAUUUCUUGCCUGGAAACAAAAAGAAUCUCAUUACUGUUUCUAAAGAUAAGGACUUUCAAAGAAUGGUUAAUUACUAUAAAGAAGCAGAUCAGCUUGAGGUCUUUAUUAUGAAAGAAGCCCCUAUGGGUAAAAAUGUCAAGAAAAAACAACCAGCUCGGAGGCCACAAAAGACACCACAGAAGCCAACGGAAACAACAGCAGUGGUUCAAGCGACUCCAAUUCCGACCUCAAUUCCGGCCUCAAACAACGCAAUCGCACUCAACGAGCCAAUCGACAUCGAAACCACCACCGAAAUCAUUCCGGGAGCGGUUCCGAUCUCCGCGAAUCCGUUUCCGAUGGCGGUCAUUGAUUCCGACCAACGCAUGGCCGCCAAGCAAUGGGAGAAUCUCAUCACCGGAGUCGGCCAACGAUUCCAUUCCCUCGCCGAAUUCCGCGAAGCUCUCCGCAAAUUCUCAAUCGCCCACGCCUUCAACUUCGUCUACAAAAAAAACGAAAACCAACGCGUCACUGUAAAAUGCAAAGCCGAAGGUUGUCCAUGGAGAAUCCACGCCUCGAAACUUUCCACAACUCAAUUGGUUUGCAUCAAAACAAUGCGACCCGUUCAUAAUUGCCAAGGUGUCACUUCAAAAGCUCCAUUUCGCGCGAAAAGAAGUUGGGUAGGGAAUUUAAUAAAAGAAAAAGUAAAAGAAUCACCAAAAAUCAAACCGAAAGACAUCGCGACUGAACUUAAACGCGAUUACGGGAUCGAUUUAAACUACUCGCAAGCGCGUAGGGCUAAAGAAUACGCGCGCGAACAACUUCUUGGAUCGUAUAAAGACGCGUAUUCCGAACUCCCGUUUUUUUGUGAGAAAAUAAUGGAAACAAAUCCCGGAUCUCUUGCUACAUUUAGCACGAAAGAGGAUUCGAGUUUUCAUCGUCUUUUUGUGUCUUUUCACGCAUCGAUUUCCGGUUUCUUACAAGGAUGCCGCCCGUUGCUCUUCCUCGAUUCCACACCGUUGAAUUCGCGCUACCAAGGGAUGUUGUUGACCGCCACGGCGGCCGACGGUGAUGAUGGGGCGUUUCCGGUGGCGUUUGCGGUGGUGGACGAGGAGACGGCGGAGAACUGGCGGUGGUUUUUGACGGAGUUGAAGCUUGUGGUGCAUACACCGGGGCAAAUUACGUUUGUGGCGGAUUUUCAAAAGGGGUUGAGGGAGUCUUUGAGGGAGAUAUUUGGUGGGGAGUGUUAUCAUGCGUAUUGUCUUGGGUAUUUAGCGGAAAAAUUGAAUAAGGAUUUGAAAGGGCAUUUUUCGCAUGAUGCAAGAAGGCUUAUGGUGGAGGAUUUAUAUGCUGCUGCACAUGCACCGAAGCUUGAGGCGUUUGAGAAAUGUACGGAGGAUAUUAAAGCCAUUUCACCUGAAGCGUAUAAUUGGGUUAUUAGAAGCGAACCUGAACAUUGGGCCAAUACGUUUUUUGGUGGGCUAAGGUACAACCACAUGACAUCAAACUUCGGGCAUCUUUUCUACUCAUGGGUAUCCGAAGCCAACGAGUUACCAAUAACCCAAAUGAUCGACGAGUUACGUGGCAAAAUGAUGCAACUCAUCUACACUCGCCGAGUCGAGUCAACUCAGUGGUUAACUCGGUUAACUCCAUCCAUGGAAGAAAAACUAAAAAACGAGAUCAUAAAAGCCCGAGCAGUCCAAAUCCUCCGGUCCCACGGGAGCAAAUUCGAGGUCCGGUUCGGUGAAACCGUCGAUAUCGUCGAUAUAGAAAAUUGGGAUUGUAGCUGUAAAGGGUGGUUGCUGACUGGACUGCCAUGCUGUCAUGCGAUUGCUGUGCUGGAAUCUUAUGGGCGGAGCCCGUAUGAUCAUUGUUCGAGGUAUUUUCAUGUGGAAACGUAUCAGUCCACUUAUGCUGACUCGAUUCAUCCGAUUCCAAAUGUGGAAAGGUUGGUGGAUAGUGAGGCGGAGGAUGGGGCGGUGUUGGUGACACCGCCGCCCACCAUGCGGACUCCGGGCAGGACAAAGAUUAGGAAAGUGGCGGCCGGGCGGAUCGGGCCGUCGGAUUUCUUGAAAAGGCAAUUGCAGUGUGGGAAGUGUAAAGGGCUUGGACAUAAUAAGAGAUCAUGCAAAGAGAAUGAGGAAUAAGCCUUUGCUAUUUGUGGAAGAUUAAUAAAAAGCAGAUGGUUGGAUUUUGGAUCCUGGGCAAAGUUUGUGGUUUGAGAUUGCAAAUUGUUAUCUUGUUUGUGUAAUUUCGGGUUAGAUUGGUAAUUUCAUCAGUAGGUUUUAGCAAUUAGAGAUUAGUUGCUUGUUAAUGUUGGUAAAUGGAGGUUUUAGCUUUCAGACGUUUCAUAUGCAC